UCGACGCGGCCGCGCGAUCUCUGGCGCUGCAUCACGGGCCGGGGCCGCGAGCCACACACGGAGCAAGCAGCCAAGCGAGCGAAGCGAACAAAAAGCUCACGGGGGCCAGCUAAGCGCACGGACCGACGCCCGACGAUGGCCGCUCUGCCGCGGCGGAGGCUCCUCCUCUUUCUCGCGCUGCUCCGUGUUCUAAUCUGCGGAGCGGCGCCGUUCCGGGCGAGGGACCUGCUGCCGCUGCUGCCGCGGCGGAUGGCGUGGCAGCUCAUGGGCGCCACGGCCCACAGCGCCGUCGACCUGCUCCCGUCGUUCGUCGGCGCCGUGGCGCCGGGCGGGCCCGCGGCCGCCUGGCGCGGCGCGUGCUUCGACGAAAACCAGGCCGUGCUCGACCUCACCCCCGGCCGCAACGGGACCGCCGGGGGCCUCGGUGGCGCCGUCCUCCGCCUCAAGACUGCUUCGCCUCAGAGCUGGACAUGCAUGGACCUGUACGUGUUCGCAACGCCCUACAGGGUAGCCUGGGACUACUACAUGAGGUCGAACGAGAACCACACCUUCGAGAUCAAAGCGUGGGAGGACGCGGCAGAGAUGGAAUACGUAAAGCAGCACGGGAUCGCCGUCUUCCUGAUGCCAUCUGGGAUGCUUGGGACGCUGCUGUCCUUGGCCGACGUGGCGCCUUUGUUCUCCAACACCGGCUGGGGCCAGGACGCCAACUUGGCGUUCCUUGGGAAGCACAUGGGGGCGUCGUUCGAGAGGCGUCGUUCCGCGAACACAAUUAUAAGGAGGGAGGACGUGCGGUCGGGCGACUUCUUGGCGCUCUCCAAGAUCCGGGGCCGGUGGGGCGGGUUCCAGACGCUGGAGAAGUGGGUCACCGGCGCCUUCGCCGGCCACACCGCGGUUGUCCUCAAAGAUGGUGACGCCAACCUCUGGGUCGCAGAAUCAGGCUACGAAAAUAACAAGGGUGACGAGAUCAUUAGCAUGACUCCGUGGGACGAGUGGUGGGGGAUGGCGCUCAAGGACGAGUCCAACCCUCAGAUAGCGCUUCUGCCGCUGCACCCCGAUGUACGGGCAAGGUUCGACGAAAGCGCCGCGUGGGAAUUCGCCCGGAGCAUGUGCGGGAAACCCUACGGCUACCACAACAUGAUAUUUAGCUGGAUCGAUACGGCGUCAGACAAUUACCCGCCUCCUCUUGACGCCAACCUGGUAAUGGCCAUUAUGUCCAUGUGGACCAGACUGCAGCCGCGCUAUGCUUCCAACAUGUGGAACGAAGCACUUAACAAGCGACUUGGGACUGAGAAACUGGACCUCCAUGGGAUCAUUAGGGAGACCGAGAGACGGGGCCUGUCCUUCAACCAGCUGCUCACCGUACCUGAGCGAGACGACUGGGAGUACAGCGACGGCAAGUCCACGACGUGCGUCGCCUUCAUCCUGUCCAUGUACAAGGCGGCCGGAGUCUUCGCUCCCUACACGGAGUCCAUCCAGGUCACCGAGUUCACCAUCCGGGACGCGUACAUGCUCAAGAUCUUCGAGGACAACCAGACGCGGCUGCCCAGCUGGUGCAACGCGGCGGCGGACGGCCUCCCCUUCUGCCAGAUCCUCGGGGAGUACAAGAUGGGCCUGCCGGAGUACAACACCAUCGAGCCCUACGCCAACAUGAACGAGAACUGCCCCUCGGCGCCGCCCACCUACAGCCGCCCGUCGCGCUGCUAGCUCGGCGUUGCCUGGGGUAAGUCGUCGUCGACGUCGUACGUGCAGAGUAUAUGUUGUUGUUGUUGUUGUUCGCUCGUAUGCUUAAUUCAGCCAUUAAUUCAGCUACGGCCUAGCUACCGGCACAAGUUAAUUUGCUUAGCCUUUAGCCUUCGCUGCUGUAAAGUGACUGCUCGUGGAAAUGAUUACUACAAAAUUAGUGUAAAGCGGCCGCACAUCUGGCCUUCAGUA